UGUUAGUGUCACACGCGCGCCCCAGAAUUUCACCCAAAAUUGGACACCCGAGCGAGGCAAAACCCUAGGAGAAAAUGAACCACCUCGCGAGACGGGCGUCGGCCAUCCUCCGGCGGCCGGGCUGGGCUACCCCCUCCUCCGCCGACCCGCUGAGCGGCGGCCGCCGCCAGAGCCACCACCAGCAGCAGUGGCGAGGGAUCCGGGUGAAGGUCCUCAACGGCAACCUGGAGCAGGCCCUCGGCUUCAUGCAGCGCACGAUGCAGUCGAGCGGGAUCGAGCGCCUGAUCAAGCGCGAGCAGACGCACCACCUCAAGAACUCCGAGAAGCGCGUCCUGGCACGCAAGAGCCUCGAGCGCAGGAUCCGGUCCCAGGACCUCGCCCGCAAGCUCAAGGCCAUCCUCAUCAAGAAAGUCAGGGGUCUAUAGGAGUGGUUAUGCAGCAGUUUGUUACCAUACAUGAGGACUUAAUUUUCAGAGUUUCCGCUACAUGUAGAGAUCUCUUCCAUUAAAGAAUUCUGUGAAAGAACAUUUUUGUUACAGUAUCGUCAGCAAUGAAAUGUUUAUUCGAUGG